AUGGCUGCGUCUUACCGGUGUGGCAGCCGCACUGUGAAUGCAGUGACCUAUGAUGAUGUUUGUAUCGACUUCCCUUGGAAAGAGUGGGCUUUGGUGGAUCCUUUUCAGAAGAAUCUCUGCAAAGAUGUGAUGCUGGAAACCUUCAGGAACCUCACUGCUAUAGGCUACACCUGGGAAGAGCAUAUGGAAGAACACUGUAAAAGUUAUAGAAGAUGUGGAAGGCAUCCUUGA